AAGAAUCAGUAGUCGCCGCAGUUUCGACGUGUCAGUUUGCAUUACAAUUACGAUUUAUUAAUCGCGCCAAAUCGCGGAGCCAAGUAGUACUUAGCAAGUAGCAAGAGGAAGCACAUCAGCGAGUCUAUCGACAACAAUAACAAAAUAUGGCGGAUAAAGUAAAUGUGUGCAUUGUGGGCUCCGGCAACUGGGGCUCGGCCAUAGCGAAAAUCGUGGGCGCCAAUGCCGCCGCUCUGCCGGAGUUCGAGGAGCGAGUGACCAUGUUCGUCUACGAGGAGCUCAUCGAUGGCAAGAAGCUGACGGAGAUUAUCAACGAGACGCACGAGAACGUCAAGUACCUGAAAGGACACAAGCUGCCCCCGAAUGUGGUUGCCGUGCCCGACCUGGUUGAGGCCGCCAAGAAUGCCGACAUCCUGAUCUUCGUGGUGCCCCACCAGUUCAUUCCCAACUUCUGCAAACAGCUACUGGGCAAGAUCAAGCCAAAUGCCAUCGCUAUCUCCCUGAUCAAGGGCUUCGACAAGGCCGAGGGCGGCGGCAUCGAUCUGAUCUCGCAUAUAAUCACGCGUCACCUGAAGAUCCCAUGCGCGGUGCUGAUGGGCGCCAACCUGGCCAACGAGGUGGCUGAGGGCAACUUCUGCGAAACGACAAUCGGCUGCACGGACAAGAAGUAUGGCAAGGUUCUGCGCGAUCUCUUCCAGGCGAACCACUUCCGCGUGGUGGUAGUGGACGACGCUGAUGCCGUGGAGGUUUGCGGUGCCCUCAAGAACAUCGUGGCCUGCGGCGCUGGCUUUGUUGAUGGCCUCAAGCUAGGCGACAACACCAAGGCAGCUGUCAUCCGGCUGGGCCUCAUGGAGAUGAUUCGCUUCGUGGACGUCUUCUAUCCCGGCAGCAAGCUGUCCACCUUCUUCGAGAGCUGCGGCGUGGCCGAUCUGAUCACGACGUGUUACGGUGGCCGUAACCGCCGCGUCUCUGAGGCGUUUGUGACUUCUGGAAAAACUAUUGAGGAGCUGGAGAAGGAAAUGCUCAACGGCCAGAAGCUGCAGGGCCCACCCACUGCCGAGGAGGUCAACUACAUGCUGAAGAACAAGGGUCUGGAGGACAAAUUUCCCCUGUUCACGGCUAUCCACAAAAUAUGCACAAAUCAGCUCAAGCCUAAUGAUUUAAUUGAUUGCAUACGCAAUCACCCUGAGCAUAUGCAAAAUUUGUAAAUCUUCUAAAGAAGCUGAGACGUUUUUAACAUUUUUAUGCACCACAGAGAAUAAAUGUAUUUUUUCAGCACAACGCCAACUCGAUGAAUCUUUGGAUUCCAUUUUCUAACCAGUUAACUAAAUGGAUUGUAUAGGUUGUUGCCUUAGUUAGCUUAUUGAUUUUAAUCCAAAACCACGCAUAUCCAACGAACCACGGAAGAAAACUGACAACCAAAGUCUGCUUUAAUUUUAAAAUUUAGUUGUUUUCAAUUCCAAACUAGCCAAGAAACAAACGCAAGUACCUAACAAAUAUAUUGUAAUUUUGUGGCCACAAGUAGCCGACGAAGCUAGCGAAAAGAAUAUUAGUAUAAUUUUAAUCGGACUGCGUAGACACUAGAAUUAAAUGAAUACCCAAAGGUCGUUGCAAAAAUAAAAAAGCUGAGUAAU